AUGGGGCAGGAAAAUAGAACAAGCAUUUCUGAAUUUAUCCUCUUGGGACUUUCUGAACAGCCAGAUCAGCAGAGACUGCUAUUUGGGCUAUUCCUCACCAUGUACCUGAUCACUGUGGUGGGGAACCUACUAAUCAUACUAGCCAUUGGCUCUGACUCCCACCUCCAAAGCCCCAUGUAUUUCUUCUUAGCCAAUCUGUCCUUUGCAGACAUCUGUUUCACAUCAGCUUCCAUUCCCAAGAUGCUGGUGAACAUUGAGACUCAGCAUCAGACCAUCUCCUAUGUUGGGUGCAUCACCCAGCUAUAUUUCCUUCUUGCUUUGGGGGGUUUGGACAAUCUCCUCCUAGCUGCAAUGGCCUAUGACCGCUAUGUGGCCAUCUGCCGCCCCCUUCACUAUGCCACAACCAUGAGCCCCCAGAACUGUGUGCUAAUAAUGAGUAUGUGUUGGGCUUUGACCAAUAUCCCUGCCCUGACACAUAGCAUUCUGCUAGCCCAUCUGUUCUUCUGCACCCAACAUGCCAUCCCUCAUUUCUACUGUGAUAUAAGUGCCUUGCUAAAAUUGGCAUGCUCAGAUACCCACUUAAAUGAAUUGAUGGUAAUCAUCUUGGGAGCAAUAUUUCUCACUGUUCCUCUUGCUCUCAUUAUCCUUUCCUAUGCCUGCAUCACCUCUGCUGUCCUUGGUUUCUCCUCUCCUGAAGGAAGAUGGAAAGCUUUUUCCACCUGUGGGUCCCAUCUAACUGUAGUCUUACUCUUCUAUGGUUCUCUUAUGGGUGUGUAUUUAUUUCCUUCAUCAAGUGACUCUGUUCGAAGGGAUAGUGCAACUUCUGUCCUCUACAUUGUGGUGACCCCCAUGUUGAAUCCAUUCAUCUACAGCCUGAGAAAUAGAGACAUGAAAGGGGCUCUAAGGAGGCUUCUUGGGAAAAGUCACUUAAUCCCCCUUGCCAUGCUCUUACCAUUCUUCUCCCUUGGAACCAAUGCACAGUGUUGAUUCUAAGGCAGAAGGUAAGGGUUUAAAAAAUUUUUAAUAUGCAUAAAAAAUGACAAAACAUUCAGAGAAACCCAGGAAGACUUUAUGAACUGACAAAGAGUCAAUUGAAAAGAAAUGAGAAAAGAGUUUACAUGAUGACCAUGGUAGUGUAAAAGAGAUUAAUUCUGAAAUAUUUCACUAAUUUGAUCAAUGUAAUGAUAAGUCAUAAUUUCAGAAAACCAAUAAUAUUUCCUACUUCUUGGCAGAGAAGAGGAAAAAACAGAGGUAAAAUGAGAUAUAGUCAAAAUGUUGAUUAGUUUUGCUUGACUAUAUUUGUAUGUUACAAAAGAGUAAUUUUUGUUUGGGAAAGGAGUACAAUUGGUGAGUUGAGAUACUAAUGCAAAAAACAAAAAAGAAACAAAGAAAGGAGAGAGAAGGAAAGGAAAGAAAGAAAAGAAAAAAGAAAAGAAAAGAUUUAUUAAGCACAUAUUCUGUAUAAAGCACUGUGAUAAAUUAGUGGAAUACAAAUCACAAACCAAAAAAAAAAAGGAAAAAGAGAAUCAUAAUCACAACCUGAAGACAUGGCAGAAUCAAAUGAAGACUUUUUAAGCUUGAGAGAAGUCUGAGUGUACUUGUAGGUAUCUGCGAAAGGACCAAUGUAAGAAGUAGUUGUGUGGUGCACUCAAGUAUGUAGCAGGGGUCUUGCCCCAAGAAUGGAAGGCUCAAACUCCAUUCAGUCCAGAAGUAAGAAAAUAAUUAUAUUUGAAGAAGAAGAGGUUUGUGGAGUGUGGAAAGGAAAUAAGACUGACAGU